AUGAAGCUCUUCCUCGCCCUCGCCCUCGCGGUACUCGUUGCUGCCAACGAAGACUGCGCCUGCCUCGACGGUCAGUGCCAGAGCGGCAAGUGCGUCGGCUGCAACAUGCAGAGCGCUGAAGGCGGCUACUGCUUCAACGACGUCGACAAGGACAGCUGCGUCGCAUGGGGCAAGCCGUACGUGGCGUGCUACCUCGACUCGCCAGACACGCCGACCGAGAGCCCGACCGCCGCGCCGACCGAAGAGCCGUCGAGCGACCCCAGCCCGGCGCCGUCCGACGAGCCCUCAGAUGCACCGACGGAGGCGCCCACUGACGAUUGCGCCUGCAUUGACGGUCAGUGCAACAACAACCAGUGCGUCGGCUGCAACAUGCAGAGCGCCGAAGGCGGCUACUGCUUCAGCGACGUCGACAAGGAUAGUUGCGUCGCAUGGGGCACGCCCUAUGUGGCGUGCUACCUUGAUGGCCCAGCGCCCAAGCCGGGCCCGUCUCCUACGGUGGCUCCCACCAAGAAGCCCAGCCCCUCGGAUGAGCCUUCCGACGAACCCUCGGACAAGCCUUCGGAUGCGCCAACAGACGCGCCGACUGGUGACUGCUCGUGCACGGAUGGCCAGUGCAACAACAACAAGUGCGUCGGCUGCAACAUGCUCGGCAGUGAUGGCGGCUUCUGCUUCAACGACGUCGACAAGGACAGCUGCGUCGCAUGGGGUCAGCCGUACGUAGCGUGCUACCUCGACACGCCCUCGCAGCAACCGACGCCCGCCCCGACGCCUGCCCCAAGCUCUGACCCGACCUUUGCCCCGACCUCAGCCCCGUCGUCCAAUGACUGCGUCUGCCUCGACGGCGACGGGUGCCAAAACGACGUCUGUGUCGGCUGCAACAUGCAAGAUCCGCACAACGCCGGCAACUACUGCUUCAGUGACGUGACCCAAGACAACUGCGUCGGGUGGGGCAAGCCGUUUACGUGGUGUGCGUCGUCGCGGUAGUGUGUCUACUUACAUAAUCAUGUUUUCCUUGUGUCC